GCCGCUCGAGCCCCGACGCGUUCAUUACUGAGAGGCGACGCCGUGACACGCUGCUGCUGCUGCCGUGCUACAGACACCCAGGACAGGACGAACAGACGGACACGGACCCCGUACACAUCCCGAGUAGUGAACCCGAGACAGCGCUCCGACCUCCGAGCUGCAGGCUCCAGAAGAUCUCCUUCUCUCCUCUUCCUCCUCCUCCUCCAGAAGAAGAUCUCCACCCCGACCAGACGACCCCGCCAGAGGAGCGCUGAUCUCCUCUCAGACUCCAGCGCUACUCACUGCCUUCAGGAACCCUCUCCACUCCGGAUCCAGCCCCGCACGGUCCACCGAGCCCCGCCAGAACCAUGUCCGCCCCCGCCGGCGCCCCCGGAGCAGAUGGAGCCAACCAGCCGCCCAACCUCACCAGCAACCGCCGCCUGCAGCAGACCCAGGCCCAGGUGGACGAGGUGGUGGACAUCAUGCGUGUGAACGUGGACAAGGUGCUGGAGCGUGACCAGAAGCUGUCUGAGCUGGACGACCGGGCCGACGCCCUGCAGGCCGGGGCCUCCCAGUUCGAGACCAGCGCCGCCAAGCUCAAGAACAAGUACUGGUGGAAGAACGCCAAGAUGAUGAUUAUUCUGGGUGUGAUUUGCCUGAUUGUCGUCAUCGUCAUUAUUGUGUACUUCAGCACCUAAGAAGAGUUGUUCCUACCCCAGUCUCCACCCACGCCCUCGCAACAGCAAACGUCCUCAAAUUGACGACCAAAUUAACCACUGGUGAUGAGUUUAGUUUCCAAUUCUUCCCCCUGUCCCCCUCCACGCCCACCGAUUGGUCUCGAUAUGCCCCCCCCCACCCUGCCGCGGCCCCGCGGCCCCCACCACCUCGCCUCUGGACCCCUGUGGUAUUUGUCCUGUGAGUCUGUGGCCCCCGUCUCCUUUCUAGGCUCAGCGGCUUUUCGAUUGGCCGUUCUGCCGAGCAAACACUGCGUUCGGCGGCUAGAGGAGGAGCGGCGACGGCGUUAAUGUGACUGGAAUAUAUAGUUCUUUGUAGAGUUUUAUUCUGAUAUAUACAUAUAUAUAUAUACUGUUUUUUGUAGGUGUGUGUGCGUGCGAGUGCUUUUUUGUACUUUUUGAGUUUUGUAUUCAUUUCUCCGUAUGCUUCGGUGUCAGCCCGCGCAGCCCGGGCGUAGCAUGUGACCGCGACCCCGCCGCCGGACCCCCGCCGUGCGUCUCGCACGCCCCCAUCGGUCCGGCGCGGCUUGCGGUUUUUCCCAAGCGAGCGCCGAGCAGGUUGUCGGCGUUGCCGUAUGUUCCCGUCAUGGUCUAGGAACGUAACGUGAAGGCGUUCCCGUCGACGUUGUGGUAGAACCAUCUCACGCUAUCCGUAAAAUACGCCGUCGUAAAACAUCUUCUGGACCAAUGAAAUGUAAGACGUUCCGUGAUGUCACUGUCCUAGACCAUUCCAACGACAUACAAAUCGUUAGCACUAAUGGGUGUCAAUAUUCUCUGUGAUCAAUAUUUCUAUUCAUCUUCAUCUUCAUUUUUUAUGAACCCACAACCGGUCUGCAUGCAUUUUUCUCUCUUGACGAUUUCAGAAAAGAAACUGCCAUAGUUCUUGGACCAAUGUCUGUAGAUGUUUAUUUUGUAACGUUUUUUCUUAGUGUCUUAUUUCGAAAACAUUCCUUCAUUGCAGUCUAGUGCAAACGCUCAUAAUGUAGCACAUGUAAGUAUCUUUAAAAGAGCUACCGUAUGGUUCAACGCCCUGUCACGAUGUCCUAAUAGAAGCAUAAAAUACAAUCAUUCUUUUAGCUGUAAGGGUUAGACUUUUGGUAUCUAAAUUGGGUUUUAAUUUGAUCAUAUAUACGAUGCUUUCUUUUUAUAAUAUAUAUGUAUAUGAUAUGUUACCAUAAACACGUAUACUAUGAUGUCGUAAAUACCAUAGAAGAUAUAAAAAAAUAACGUAAGUAAGACUCAACUUAACC